UGACGUCAGCGCCUGCCCCUCCGCGGCCCCGUCGGCUCCGUCGCGCCCAGGCCAUGUUUGGUGGCCUGGCGGGAUUUAUGGGUGCCGCCGGGGACGCAGGGGCGAUGUCCCGUGUCCCCCUCUGCAUCCCGGUUGUGCGGGGCUGGGGGGUCCCGUCCCCGGCGGGCGUGUGCCGCUUCCCUGCCUGCUGGCCGCUGGUCCAACGGGGACGUGGCCCGGCGGGGAUGUCCCCAGCGGGUCCCCGCGGGUGGCCGGGGGAUGAGUUCCACCCCUUCAUCGAGGCGCUGCUCCCCCACGUCCGGGCCUUCGCCUACACCUGGUUCAACCUGCAGGCCCGCAAGCGCAAGUACUUCAAGAAGCACGAGAAGAGGAUGACGAAGGACGAGGAGAGGGCGGUGAAGGACGAGCUGCUGAGCGAGAAGCCCGAGGUCAAGCAGAAGUGGGCCUCGCGCCUCCUGGCCAAGCUGCGCAAGGACAUCCGGCCCGAGUGCCGCGAGGACUUCGUGCUCUCCAUCACGGGCAAGAAGCCCUCGUGCUGCGUCCUCUCCAACCCCGACCAGAAGGGCAAGAUGCGCCGCAUCGACUGCCUGCGGCAGGCGGACAAGGUGUGGCGGCUCGACCUCGUCAUGGUCAUCCUCUUCAAAGGGAUCCCGCUGGAGAGCACGGACGGCGAGCGCCUGGUCAAGUCGGGCCAGUGCACCAACCCCAUCCUCUGCGUCCAGCCCCACCACAUCAGCGUCUCCGUCAAGGAGCUCGACCUCUACCUGGCCUACUUCGUCCGCGAGAGAGGUAGGCGCUGCCUGGGGAGCUCUCGGGGAGGGGGACGGAGCCGGGGGACUUUGCUUCUCCUUCCCUCCUCGUGCCGCAGCCACAGCUGA